GUCUUUCUCCGAGACUCGUCGUAGAGCUUCUGAGAUUCGCAGAUUCGAUGUCGUUCGAGGAAGAAGAAGAGGAGGAGACAUUCGAGCAUACACUUCUCGUGGUGCGUGAGGUCUCCGUUUACAAGAUCCCGCCGCGAACCACAUCCGGUGGAUACAAGUGCGGCGAAUGGCUUCAAUCCGAUAAGAUCUGGUCUGGUAGACUCCGCGUCGUAUCGUGCAAGGAUCGAUGCGAGAUCCGUCUCGAGGAUUCGAAUUCCGGCGAUCUUUUCGCGGCUUGUUUCGUGGAUCCUGGACGGAGGGAGAACUCUGUAGAGCCGUCUCUCGAUUCGUCUAGGUAUUUCGUUCUCAGGAUCGAUGACGGGAGAGGGAAGUAUGCGUUUAUCGGGCUAGGAUUCGCUGAGAGGAACGAAGCGUUUGAUUUCAAUGUCGCGUUAUCGGAUCAUGAAAAAUACGUGAGGAGGGAGAAAGAGAAGGAGACAGGUGAAACGAGUGAGAGCGAUAAUCAUAUUGAUAUCCAUCCCGCCGUUAAUCACAGAUUGAAGGAAGGUGAAACCAUAAGAAUCAACGUGAAGCCGAAACCAACGACAAAUGGCACUGGGAUGCUCUCAGCUGCUCUUUCAGGAACGGGGAAGCCAAAACCUCUAGCACUUGCCCCACCUCCCAAAGCUGCUGGAAUAACCAGGUCUCCUUUACCGCCUCCUCCAAAUGAUCCUGUCGCUUCAAGGAUUGCAUCUGAUGGCUGCAAGGAAUCAAUUGAUAACACAAGACGCAGGAAUGAGCCUCUAUCUGAUCUAUCUCAGCUUAAGAAGAAUCUUCCUUCAACGGCGGGAUCAGGAUCGACCAAGUCAACAGGAGCUGCAUCAGGAUGGGCAGCUUUCUGAUGAAUGGAGUGUAAGAUUUAAGUUCUUGGACAAGUCCGGCUUCAUCUUCUUGUGACUUGAGAGCACGAGACAAUAGACAACAAUGGUGGUCAGCCAACAGUCUUUUUGAUGUAUGUUAAUGGUAAGUUGAUGUGUGUUUCUUUGUAAUCCCACCUCCCUGUUUUAUUUUUUUGUUUCUUCCUUAUAAUCAUCUUUGUUACAUUACCGAUUGUCACUAAUCAUUAUCAUAUGGAUCACUGAGAUAUUAAUAUAUUAAAAAGGGAUUU